AUGUCGGGGACGCGAACCUCCAACGACCGGCCCCCCGGCGCGGGCGGCGUCAAGCGGGGGCGGCUGCAGCAGGAGGCGGCGGCGACAGGCUCCCGCGUGACCGUGGUGCUGGGCGCGCAGUGGGGGGACGAGGGCAAAGGCAAGGUGGUGGACCUGCUGGCCACGGACGCCGACAUCAUCAGCCGCUGUCAGGGGGGCAACAACGCAGGUCACACGGUGGUGGUGGACGGGAAGGAGUAUGACUUCCACCUGCUGCCCAGCGGCAUCAUCAACACCAAGGCUGUGUCCUUCAUCGGCAAUGGGGUGGUCAUCCACCUGCCAGGCCUGUUUGAAGAGGCAGAGAAGAAUGAGAAGAAAGGUCUGAAGGACUGGGAGAAAAGGCUCAUCAUCUCCGACAGAGCCCACCUUGUGUUUGACUUUCACCAGGCUGUCGACGGGCUUCAGGAAGUGCAACGCCAGGCCCAGGAGGGGAAGAACAUUGGCACCACCAAGAAAGGGAUCGGACCAACCUACUCUUCCAAAGCUGCACGGACGGGCCUCCGCAUCUGCGACCUCCUGUCAGAUUUUGACGAGUUUUCCAGCAGAUUCAGGAACCUGGCCCACCAGCACCAGUCAAUGUUCCCCACCCUGGAAAUAGACAUUGAAGGUCAACUCAAAAAGCUCAAGGGCUUUGCCGAGCGCAUCAGGCCCAUGGUCCGAGAUGGCGUCUAUUUCAUGUAUGAGGCACUCCAUGGUCCCCCCAAGAAAAUCCUGGUGGAAGGUGCCAACGCAGCCCUCCUGGACAUCGACUUUGGGACCUACCCCUUUGUGACUUCAUCCAAUUGCACUGUGGGUGGCGUGUGCACGGGCCUGGGCAUACCCCCCCAAAGCAUUGGCGAUGUGUACGGCGUGGUGAAGGCCUACACCACCCGAGUGGGCGUCGGAGCCUUUCCCACUGAGCAGAUGAACGAGAUUGGAGAUCUGCUACAGAACCGCGGCCACGAAUGGGGGGUGACCACGGGUAGGAAGAGGCGCUGUGGCUGGUUAGACCUGAUGAUUCUGAGAUACGCGCACAUGGUCAACGGAUUCACGGCGCUGGCCUUGACAAAACUGGACAUCCUGGAUGUGAUGAACGAGAUUAAAGUUGGUGUCUCGUAUAAGCUGAAUGGAAAAAGGAUCCCCUAUUUCCCAGCUAACCAGGAGAUACUUCAGAAGGUCGAAGUUGAGUACGAGACGCUGCCUGGCUGGAAAGCAGAUACCACAAGUGCCAGGAGGUGGGAAGACCUGCCCCCGCAAGCCCAGAGCUACGUUCGCUUUGUGGAGAACCAUGUGGGAGUUGCAGUGAAAUGGGUUGGUGUUGGCAAAUCAAGAGAGUCGAUGAUCCAGCUGUUUUGAUGUGGGCCAAGCCAACCCAGCAGGCACCGCAGCGUGCUGACCGCGUUAACAGCACAAUCAUGUUCCUCAGCUGUCACAACCAACACCGUCAACAAGAGAUACAAAAUCCAUUUUCUGUACUUUUAUAUUUCUAUUUUAGCCUUCAGCUCAACCUGUUGAUUUCCACCAUGAUUUUAAACACCAGAAAGCCAACCCUGUAUACAUUUUUAAAAAUUCUAUUUAAUAUGAGCCAAAGUGCUCAGA